GAAAUUCCCCCAGAAUUUUAUUGUUUAUGUUACAUUUUUGUCGAAAAAACCACUUUAAGUCAACAAUACAUGCACAAUUUUGUUAAUUGUGGGGAUUUGACAUGGCGAGGGUCCAAUUUUUAGCCCUUUAGACCGGUUGGAGUCACAGUGAUUAGUGUUUGAGGUUAUGUCAGUUUGAGCCCCUUAAAAUGAACCUCCCGGAGUCGGAUAGCGAGGAUGAGUUGCCCCCUGGUUGGGAGGAGCGUGUGACAGUCGACGGUAGUGUUUUCUACGCCAAUCAUUUAACUAAAGCCACACAAUGGACUCAUCCCCGAACUGGGAAGAAAAAACGAGUUUCGGGGGAUUUACCCUUCGGUUGGGAGCGUUGUAUUGACAAAACAAGCGGAAAAGUGAUUUAUGUCGAUCAUGAGAACCGUAGAACGACUUAUACUGAUCCAAGAUUGGCGUUCGCAGUUGAGGAGAAAGACCACCCAAAUGAUUAUAGACAGAGAUUCGAUGGGUCGAGUACAGCCCUGCAGGUGUUACACGGACGCGAUUUGAACGGAAAAGUGGCACUAGUGACGGGGGCUAACUCGGGGAUUGGGUUUGAGACGGCGAGGUCUUUAGCCAAGCAUGGGGCUAGUGUGAUUUUCGCUUGUAGAGACUUGGAAGGGGCCACUGAGGCGAUUGCAAAAGUUAGGGAAGAGAAACAAGCAGCGGGGGAGAAUUGUGUAGCUAUACGUCUCGAUUUGGGGGAUUUACACAGUAUUGACAGUUUUGCCAACCAAGUGAAAACAAUGUUUAAACAAAUCGAUAUGUUGAUUUUAAAUGCGGGGGUUUUCGGACUUGGGUUUAGUAAAACAGGGGAUGGUUUUGAGACUACGUUUCAGGUGAAUCACUUGGGGCAUUUUUAUUUGACUCUUUUAUUGAAACCCUUGUUGGUGACGGGAUCAAGGAUUGUGGUUGUCGCAUCAGAGUCUCAUAGAUUUGCGAAUUUGACCACAGAGAAUAUUUCCAUGCAAACUCUCUCGCCGGAAUCACCGGCCAAAUACUGGGACAUGACGGCUUACAACAAUUCCAAGUUGUGUAAUGUUUUAUUCGUUCGUUAUUUGGCUAAAAAGCUGCAACCGUUAGGGAUUUCCGUUUUUAGUCUCCACCCUGGGAAUAUGGUGUCGUCAAAGUUGGCACGAAACUGGUGGCUUUAUCGCGUUUUUUUCGCUCUUGUGCGCCCCUUCACCAAGUCCUUGCAACAAGCAGCAAGCACUACAGUCUUUUGUGCCACCGCAGUCGAAUUAAUCGGGGUCACGGGGGUCUACUUUAAUAAUUGUUUCCGGUGCGAGGAGAGCCCCAGUGCGAAAAACGACGAUUUGGCCGAAAUGCUGUGGAAAUUGAGCGUGGAAAUGUUGGUAGGAGUGCUUGGAAAAAAUGUCUUGUCUCUAGACUUUUGAAUAAAAAAAAAUUCGAA